GAGAGGGCCUGUAAGGUAUAAACCUGAUAUGAAGAGUAACAAUGUGAGAAUUGUCAGGGGGAGAGGGCCUGUAAGGUAUAGACCUUUUCUGAAGAGUAACGAUGCAGUCACUCCAACAAUGUACAAAAGAUCUGGAAAGUCCGUGGGAAGUGCUUCAAAUACUAGUUCAUCCAAAAUAUCAUCACACACUUCAAGUAUACAAUCUGAUUCACUCGCUGCAAAGAAACAUAUUUCGGCAUUGUCUUUGUGUUCUGCUUCACCUCAGUUUGAUGCUGUGAGUUCUUCUAGGCAUGAGAAGUCUGGGAAACAGAAAACACAUGUACAAGGUGGGAGAAUCAAUAUAUUUCAGUUGACUUCUGUACCACUGAAGGAUAAUAAACAGUUCAAAACAUUUCUGCAAGGGAAGACUCUAGCUGUUUCUGUUGACCUGGACAGGCUUUGCAUUGAAGAUUCCACUCAGCCAGUUGCUGGCAAUUAUUUGACCAAUCUGCCUUUGUGGUCACCAAUGGCCCACCCAGGAUACACAGCUAAAUCUCCCCAGAUGAAGGGUCAGAGAAGGGGUUUAUCUCUCUUAACAACGAAUUCUCAUCUGUCAAACCCAUCUUCUAACCAAGUUAAAAGAGUUCAUCAGCCAGGACGGCCCUCUGUUGCUCGACAAAGGCCUACUGAAGGCAUAGUUCAACCUCCUCCAAGGCUUUAUACUCAGCAGUUACGUUUGUGUCCUAGGAUUGGAUCUCAAGCAUCAUCUACGCAUUUGUCACCAGAUUCAUCUGAAGCAUUGAAGUUGGAUCCUCUACCAAAAUCAGGUAAAUCAAGAGUUGCAUUAGUUGAAAAAGACAGUGGUGCAGUUCAACCAAAUGGAAGAGUUUCCUUCCAAUAUGAUGGGACUCUUGGCAGUCAGAACACUGCUGCCACUCCAGCACUUCUGCCUGGUUACUGGUCUCCACAGGUGCUGCUGGAACUCUAGGUGCUGCAUAUCGUACUCCCUAUGUUACUCUCAAUGAUGGUUAUCGUGCUCAUUCCUUGGGACAGUUGUCUCCUGUUGGUGUCUCUAGAAAUAUAGCAGGUACAGACAAACCUAGUAAUGGCAAUAGGCCUCCAGAUAGAAGUGGUCAGUUUCGAUAUGUUUUUGUUUUGGAUAUUCACAGAUGAACUUUAACCAGGAAGUGAAUAUAUAAUCAGCUAUACAAGAAAUGCCUACACCAUGAUGUAGUUAAAAUAGCAGAACCAUGGUUGAAUUGGCGAGCAAUUUCAGCUUCAUAGAUGGCAAUUCCUCUGAUUAAUGUUCCCUGUGCAGCGAAUAUGGAUUUAAAACCCUAUAAUCCUUUUGAAAGAUAUAUAGAAAAAGAACCAAACGUACAGUUCUCACUUCUUGAAAAUUUGAAAUGGUCUUAAAACUUUCUGAUGCUGUCGCCGCAUAAAUAUC